UACGGUGUCGAGAGGAACGACGAGUUCAUGCCUCAUGUGAGGUAAGCUUAGCUGGUCGAUUCGAGCGUCGAGCCGCUCAACUUUGCUUGAAGAAGCCCCGGCAUUUCGAAGCCACGAAUCGAGGAUGCCGGGCGCGGGAAAUUAGCACGAUCGCCUGACGAAGAGUGCUACUGGCGUGUGCAGUUUCAUCUACGGAGAUCUCACCAGUGCGGCGCGCGCGGAGCUGGCAAAAGAAUUACGGCCGAGCCUCGCUGGGCGGAGGGUCAAGGUGAGUUUGCCGUGGUUGUUGCUGGAAGUGUCUGCUGGUGUUAGACCAUGGAUCUCGGUGCGAGCUGAUCGAUUUCACUGUCGUCCGGCAGAUGGAGAAGCUGCAGCUGUGGCGCACGCUCGGGCCGGUCGAGACGUGGGAAGUCGUGGCCGAGGCCGAGCUUGCUUGACCUGGUUGCCCCUCGAAUUAGGCUAAAACCGCGGUUUUAGAGAAUAAUUCGGGGGACAAUUAUCAGCCUUUUUUAAAGCACAAAGAAUGAGCGCCGGCCAAUUUCAUUUCACGUCUGAUCUCAUGAUAACCGGCUGCGAAAAUGGGCCUCAAAAGUGGGCGGAAACUCGAGCCAAAAGUGCUCAAUACACUGCCGACACCUCCAGGCUCCGUAACAGCCCCGAAACGUGCCGAUUUUGCGCCGCAACCUAGCUGCCAGCACGGCGGGCAUUGGAAUGGCGCUCGAUCAUGUCUUUAUGGCCGUCCUUGUCUUUAUGCCCCGACAGAGACACGAUGAAUGCGUGUGGACCACAACGCGAGCAAAUCUCUUCUUCGCUGAAAGCGUCGAGCUCGAGUCGGCGGCUUCAAGCCGCCAUCAUACAUGUAUCGCCGGCAAGCGAAGUCAAUACUGUCCGCCGCUGUAUCGUCGGCAAGAGGGCUGCUUUUACGAUACGCUGGUUUGACAUUGCCGGUGACCGCGACGUCGUCGCCAAACCUGCCCAUUUAACUUGGCAAAAAGUUCACGAACGCCAGAGCUCUCAACAUCCGCUCCAAACGACUGCAAAACCGAAUGCACUUCAGUAAUACAUAUCUUGUUUCUGCCAUUUAAACAACGCUGGGCUGCAAACGUACCUGUCAAUACGAAUAUACAUUCAUCAAUCUAUUCACCAGCCGGUGGCUGGCCGCCGUCUGUUUGGAAAUGACGUCGCCAUUUCCGGGUCCCAGCUGCGAACCGGCGACUAUGAAAAAGGCUGACAUUUCUGGGGGCUAUACCACCUUGUUUUGGCCGCCGUUUACGGCCAACCUCACCCUCUUUUGGUUACUGUCUCAACUGUUUUGGCGGCGUGUCUUGCAGUCGAGGUGUGCGUUUCUUUCCGCAUCGCGUGUCCAUGGGCAUUGGCAACCCAUACUUUCCCUAGCUCCGCCAAGCUUCCCCCCCCCUCGGUAAGUAAGUCUUUUAGACGCGUAGCUAAAGCGAUCUCCCUCGCAUGCUUCCGGCUGGCGCAGCGCCUGCCUGCACUCUCUAAAAAGCGCAGUCGUUGCCCACCCGCGCCCAUCAAAGCGAGCGCGCCGUGGCGCUGCCUUCAUCACUAGAGGCUCGCCUCAGUGUCGUGGCGUUCCAUCGUGUGUGAACGCUGGCUGCCACUAAGAAGCGCAAGCGCCCAGAGGGCACGCGCCUCGUGGUCGCCGUGGACGAGGGGAGGAGGCCGCAGCUCACGACCUCUCCGCUCACCAUGGCCAAGUCUCACGCUCUCUCUGACCCCUCUGCCAACAGCAGCGAGUCUAUCGCCACCCGCGCCGUCCAGUCCAAGCUCAGCGCCAGCUCCAGCCCCAGCAGAAAGCACAAGGAGGACGUCGGCAAGCUCGUCUACUGCUUCCUGCGCGAGUAUCCCAGUCCUUCGACCUCCAGCUCGAGUUCGACCUCGACCCCCACAGAGCCGACCCACUCGUCAUCCCCUGGAGGAUUCCCGCUCGCUAGAGAGCCGCACCCAGAGCCCGCCACCGCCUACGACCCCAGCCACCACUACAGCGGCCUCGUCAGGCGACCCGCCCACCAGCUCCAGCUUCGCCAGAGACCAAGACACCACCGUCACGUCAUGCCGCGACAGAAAGAUACCAAGCGCAUCGACCCCACGCGCGCGCGCAACCCGGGUGACCCGGUCGCGGACGCCGAGCCGCACAAUGUGUUCAAAGUGAGCGGCAGCCCCAUAAUAAGCCCCCGAUCCAUCCGCCACUGUCUCGAGGAGCCCGAGUACGGGCUCGACGGCAAGCCGCGGAAGCUCUCGAACGGCGGCGUGUCGCUGCCCAACCCGCCGCUCUCCAAGGAGGACGCGCUCGUGGCCGCUGCAGCCGCGGCGGUCCAGGCCAAGGAGGCGCAGAAGGCGCUGGAGGCCGAACAGGCAGCCAACGCCAGCUUACAGGGACUCUCGGGCGUGCAGCUCGUCGUGCACCAGAUGCUCGCCACGCACAACCACACGCUGACGCAGCUUGGCGUCGAGCGCGCCGAGUUCCCCAACACCAGGUUGUCGCUGAAGCAGGUCGAGACGAUGCUGAGCCCCGUGGUGGCGCUGUGCAACGCGCUGCGAGCAGACCACUUCGGCAUCCACGUGCCGACCCCGCAGAUCGCCAACACGAUGAGCGACGUGCACUACUGGAAGCUCUGGGAGAGUGACACCAUUGAUAUUGGUAUCUUCUUCAUGCCGCCGAACAGCACCAUCCCGCUGCACAACCACCCAGGCAUGAGCGUCGUCACGAGAGUAUUGUACGGUGCUGCGAAAGUGACGUCGUACGAUGUUGUCUCCGAUACCGAGAUUCACACGCUGGAAACAGGAGAUGAGAUCACCUACGAUGGCACCACCUUCACCUCCGACGCAAUCAACCCUGCAGAAGGCUCAGUCUCGUGGGCGCGCGUGAGUCGUCAGGGUCAAUAUGGCGCGGACACCACCACGUGGCUGGACCCUCGUCGUUUCAACCUGCACAACAUCCAGGCUAGCUCUGACAUUGGUUGCGCGAUGCUGGACAUUAUGGUGCCUCCUUAUGAUAAUGCUAACCGCGAUUGCCAUCACUUCAAGAUUUUGGGGCAAAAAAUGGUGGGCAACGAGCGUCUUGUGAAAAUGCUGGAGUGCAUCAAGCCCGACAACCACAUGGAACCCCCUACCUCGAACGGCACGGCGAAUUCGUCGCCGACGUCCUCGCAGUGAGCUCUGCGUCGUGGUCGUUAGUCUGGUUCACGCAGUUCCUGAAGCUGCGUCCUGCCACCAAGUCGACUGGCAGGGACCUACUUCUGCUCGGCUGUUUGCGACGUGCAAGUGGCGAAGACGUCAAUGGAUGGGAAGAGCCAAGAAAUGGGUGGUGUGUUAGAUGUCGAGCAGCAGCAGAUCAAAGCAAGCGGCGCGCGUCAGUUGAACGAACGUCCAAGGCGUAUUGAUAUUAUUAUUAUUGGCUUUGGUCUGGAGAACUCUCGUUGUUGUUGUUGUCAUCCCACCUCGUAGCAAGUAGUAGAGCUGAGGAAGCGAUGAAUGGGAGAAAGCAAAGCGAGCCAAACCAAAAGAACCAAUUAAGCGUGUGAAAU